UGACGUGUCUUGUGUGUGUUCGUCUGACUGGGACAGCUCUGUGGUUAAAAAGCCCAGUCCCGGUGACAUCAGCAGGGAGAAGGUUUGGCCUGACUGCUGUCAUCCUCCUCCUCCUCCUCCUCCUCCUCCUCCGCGGGAUAAAAGCAUGAGGAGCAGCCGGCGGGGCGCCGCGGAGCUCCACCAGGCGCACCGCUGAUCUGCAGCUCGGGGUCGGUGAAGGGAGAGGGGAGGAGGGCCGAGCGAUCAGCAAGCGCAGCGCCUCGCAGGCGCGAUGUUGGGCAACAGAAAGAAGACGGCCGCGGCGGCGAAGAACGGAGCCGGGACGUCCAGGUCGAAGGCCAUCGAUCCGCUGAGGAAUCUCGGAGUUGGUGAGGAUGAAGAUGUGAAGCGGAUGUUGCAGGGCUCCAGUAUGGUGAAGGUCCGCUCACCUCGCUGGCAGAAGCGACGAACUCUAAAGCUGCUGGAUGACGGAGUCACUGUCUGGUGUCAGUCCCACAAAACGUCCAACCGCGCCAAGGAACAACAAUCCUUUUCCAUCAUGGAGGUGGAGUGCAUUCGGGAGGGUUGCCAGUCAGAGAUGUUGCGGCAGUUGGGUAGCUCAGUCCCUGAGGGCCGGUGUUUCACAGUGGUCUUCAAAGGGCCCAGGAAGAGCCUGGAUCUCCUCUGCCAGAGCCAGGAGGAGGCUCAACACUGGGCCCGCGGCAUCCGGACACUGCAAGGGAGAGUGGAGAAUAUGACCCAGAAGGAAAAACUUGACCACUGGAUUCAUGCUUACCUGAGUCGCGCUGACCAGAACCACGAUGAUAAGAUGAGCUAUGAAGAAGUCCAGACACUGCUGCAGAUGAUCAAUAUUGAUCUGAGUGACCAAUAUGCCCGCAGCCUAUUCCAGAAAUGUGACCGGUCAGCUGAUGGUCGUCUGGACCACGGGGAGAUUGAAGUUUUCUGCAGGGAGCUGUUACGGAGACCGGAACUUGAUGCUGUGUUUAUUCGCUACUCUGCAAAUGGCUGUGUACUCUCCACUGUGGACCUGAAGGAUUUCUUGAAGGACCAGGGGGAGGACCCUUCACUCAUCCAUGCUCAAAGCCUCAUACUCACAUAUGAACUAAAUGAGUGGGCCCAGAGGAACCAGUUCAUGACCCCCAAUGGCUUCACUAUGUACAUGCUGUCUAAGGAGAACUGUGUCUUCAACCCGGAACAUGCAAGGGUUUACCAAGACAUGAAACACCCACUGGCGCACUACUUCAUCUCGUCCUCCCACAACACAUACCUCACUAAGGACCAGCUUACGGGGGACAGCAGCACUGAGCCCUACAUCCGAGCGCUGAGUCACGGUUGUCGUUGUGUGGAGCUGGACUGCUGGGAUGGAGAUAAAGGAGAGCCAGUCAUCUACCACGGACACACACUCACCUCCAAAGUGCCGUUUGCCAAAGUCAUUGAGGUUAUAAAUGAGUACGCUUUUAAAGCGUCUCCCUACCCUCUGAUCCUGUCCCUGGAGAACCACUGCUCUGUGGAGCAGCAGACAGUCAUGGCUCAAAUCCUGCGAUCCACCCUGGGAGACAAGCUGCUCACCAAGCCUCUCGGAGGGCUGGACUCUCACAGCCUGCCUUCUCCAGAGGAUCUCAAAGGGAAAAUCAUUGUGAAAGGAAAGAAGGAGCUCGCGGUUGGGGAGUGCUCAUCGAGCACUUCGGACCUCAGCUCCUCAGACGAGGAGGCCAGCAGGACCGAAGGCAAACCACCCCCCAAAAACGGGGGCCAGUCACUCCAGCCAAGUGUGUCCAAGCUGAGUCCAGAGCUGUCCGAGCUGGUCGUGUACACGCGCAGUGUUCAUUUUAAAAGCUUUGAACAAGCAGCGAGAAACCCAGCAAGCGAACUGUCCUCCUUCUCUGAAAGUGAAGCUCUCAGGCACAUAAAGGACUCGGGGAUGUAUUUUGUGCGUCACAACAGUCACCAGCUCAGCAGGAUCUACCCCUCAGGACAGCGCCUCCAGUCGUCCAACUACAACCCUCAGGAGAUGUGGAAUGCAGGCUGUCAGAUUGUUGCUCUGAACUUCCAGACGCCCGGUGAGCAGAUGGACCUUAACCAAGGACGGUUCCUGCAGAACGGUCGGUGCGGGUACAUCCUGAAACCUCCCUUCAUGUGCCAGCUCGGCACCACCUUCAACCCGGAGAACGUUGGUGGAGGUCCAGGCCACAGCCCUGUGCUGCUCACAGUUCGGGUUCUCUCAGCCCAGCAGCUGCCCAAACCAGAAUGGGACAAGCCCAGCUCCAUUGUGGACCCCCAGGUGUGGGUGGAGCUACAUGGGGCUCCCAUUGACAACAAUAAGAAGAAGACUCAACAUGUUGACAACAAUGGAUUCAACCCGCGGUGGGACUGUACAUUUAACUUCACCGUCCAUGUCCCCGACUUGGCUCUGGUUCGCUUCAUGGUGGAGGACCAUGACUAUACCUCGAGCAAUGACUUCCUGGGGCAGUACACGCUGCCUUUCACCAGUCUCCGCACAGGCUAUCGUCAUGUCCGACUGCUCAAGCUGGACGGCUCCAGCCUUUCGCCCGCCUCUCUCUUUGUCCACGUCGCGGUCGGCCCCUGCGAGAGCAGUCCCCACAAAUCCUCAGCAAAAUCACCGGCCAGGUCUCCGUCCAAGGCGCCCUAAUCCCCUCCCCCCCUCCCUCUGCCCUGGCAACAAGGAGCACGAAGGCCGCAGAGGGAGGUGGCCAGAUUGGCAUUGAAAGAUGUAGUUCCGAGGUCCAAAAACUCAACGGUUAUAAACUUUUAUUACAACAUUGAUCAGGGUUUGAUUCUCAGAGCAGGACUGAACAGCUUGAUGUCAACCCAUCAAUCCAGCCUGCAUAUAUGAAUUUAUAUGAGACCGAUGCCCAAAUUUGGUGCUAGAUUUUAUCUCCAAAUUCUAAACAUACAUGCUAACAUGAAAACUAGUUAUCCUUUUAAAAAAAUAUAUAUAUAUUUAUCUUGUUCUAGUGUUUAUUUAAAUUUGAAUAGAAAAGCCUGUGAUUUGAAAAUUACUCUUUAGAAAGUGUAGAUUUUAUUUAUUCUCUCUGGUAUGUGAAGCAGCCAACCUCUAUGACGUGUGAGAUGACAUAUUCAGCUCCUACAGACUCUGGGGGUCCCAGGCAACAUGGGACCCUGGGGCAGUUGAACAUAAGUAUUUGUAAAGGGUACCUGUUUACACGGCAUUGGUCGUCUACCAGUUGAAUCAGGCUGGGGUAAAAAAAAAAACUUUCUUUCACUUUCUUCUCUGUCUUUGGGGUGACACUCCUGACCCCAUGUACAAACAGCAGGUCACAUGAGGACACUUUAGGAUGUGACUUGAAGCUGGUGAGAAACCCUUUUCCACAGAUUCCACAGUGUCCAGAGGGUCGCGAAUCUCCAUGCUCAUGUAUUAAGAUAAAAGAAAUAAUCCAAACCUGUCCUUUCAACCUAUUCAUUGAGAUGUUCAGGUGUAAAUGCAGCUCUCUCAGAAUGAAUUUCCAACGGGGCGUUCUCCCUAAUACUUCUGUACCUAUCGAAUGCCAUAUGCAAAAUCAAAGAGAGCUUAAUUGACAAAAAAAAAAAAAGAGUCGCCCUUGUUGCUGCUUGUCAGAGACGUGCGGUGAAACUGUACCAUCCAAUACUUUUAUAAUGUAGCCUUGCGUAUUAUGAUCAAUGGUAAACCGAUUCUGAUGACAUUACUUUUUAUAGUCUUUUAUAUUAUAUCAUUUAUAUAUGCUAUAGCAAGACGAUGCCGGUCACUAGAUAGAGCUUCUUCUUAGCUUGUUAGAUGAGACGUAUGCAGACAUGCUCCAUAGUUCAAAUGACCUUGAUUUGUUUUAUAUGGCUUUGCCAUCGUUUUCUCCUAUGCCGAGUCAACCUGACUGACGGUCCUUUGCGACUUCUUGGUUUGUUCCCGUUUAUUAUUAGAGACUUUAGUGGCUUUAGUCAUCAUCAUCAUCAUCGUGUUUGGACAGAUCACACAACACAUCUCUUUGCUCGACAUCACUCUAUUAAGUAAUCCACUGUAGAUUAUCAUGUGAAAGGUUUUACACAGUGUUUUUAUUGAGAAAGUUGAUUUUUUUUUUCUUUUUUCCAUAGGAUUUGAGAACAUUCACAGUGUUUAUUUAAACAUGGCAAGAAGUGCAAUGAAUAUUCCAUAGUGGCUUUCUGUCAUAGAGAAUCCUUUGACUUGAAGCAGCUUUUCAAUCAGCACUGGCUGCAUUAAAAUGAAGACAGCCCGCUUGAAAUCAGUAUUAGGACAACCUGUCAACAUCUGUCCUGAGAGAUCCAAUCAUAAGUGGACAUCUCAGAGUUACACCAGUUCACUACCGGUGUUAGAAUGUUUCUCCAGGGAUCACUUGUGAUCAGAAUUCACUUCCUCGCGCCAUUUGCCAAUAGAAAUAUACGUCACUUCUCUUUGUAAAGAUCAAAUGACGUUGUUUUCAGCCAGUCACGUCUGUACAGAUGGGUCCUCUAUCAGUGUGUUUGAAAGCGGGAUUGGGGCCAAUCAAAUAAGAUUUUACUCAAUGUGUUGGUGGGUAUUGGUAGUGUGGCAGGGGCCACAAAAAAUCAAUGUAUAGGCAAUACUAAGACAUGAUUAGAGCUGCUGGCAAUAAUGUCAAACCAAAUCCGAGCCCUGUCUGUGACAAUAUUGCACUUACUCACAUGUAUGAAGAACCAGUGAAAGAUAUUCAUAUAUGAAAGAGACCAAAAUUGUGUCUUUUGAACUGUAGCCAUGAUAUCAAUAACUGUAACUAUACAUUUCAACACAUUGACGUUGUUCAUUGUUAAGUUUUUUUGUAACUGUUUGCUUUUGUGCUGCACCAGCUGUAUGUUCAUAAAUCCAAUAUUAUUUAUGUAAGCAGGUGAUAUAUAUAGACACAGUGAUAGAAUAGAAAUGUGAUAAUACGAACCCUAACCUGAACAGACUGAAGAACCUCAUGAUGUCAGAUGCUGUUUGACUAUGUGAAGUCCAAUUCUUAACCAUGCAGUCAAACGAUGCUUUCAACUGACAUGUAUUUUAACAGUGAAAAAUAAACUAAAAGUAGAAUUCCA